AUGGUAUACGGGUAUCACCGUGGCAAAUAUGAAACAUGUCUAGAUCUUGGAUGCGGGCACGGCUUGGUGUCUCGUGCACUUGCCCCAAAAUUCAAGAAAGUCUACGGCAUCGACCCGUCUGCUGGCAUGAUCGAGCAGGCAAGAAGCUUAACAGCCGAGGGAAAUGUUGAGUUCGUUCAGUCAACUGCUGAGGCUCUCCCGUUUAUUGAGGAUGAGAGCAUAGACCUAGUUGUUGCAGGAGAAGCAGCCCACUGGUUCAACUAUCCCCAGCUCUUUGCAGAAUUGAACCGGGUCAUGAAAGUUGGAGGUACACUUGCAUUUUGGGGAUACUCAGAUCACUUCCUAGUUGAUUAUCCCAAGGCCACCGCUAUAAUCGACCAAUAUGCUUAUGGCUUGGACAAACACCUGCUCGGGUCUUAUUGGCCUCAGCCUGGCAACUCAAUUAUGCGGGACAAAUUACGUGUAAUACAACCACCGACAGAGGACUGGGCAGAUCUCCAGCGGAUUGAGUACCAUCCAGGAGUUAACGGGCCAGGCUCCGGCGAGGGUACGAAGUAUAUGGAAUCGGAUAUUUCCCUUGGUCAGGCAACAGAGUAUAUCCGAACAUGGAGUGCGUACCAUCGUUGGAAAGAAGCCCACCCAAACCGUAUUCGGCGGAGUGAGGGUGGGACUGGAGAUGUUGCAGAUGAGAUGCUUGAUAGCAUCAUCGAGGUUGAAGAGGAUCUGCGCAAUGCUCAAUCGGCAGCGGAUAAGGUUGUGAGGGUUGAAUGGGCCAGCACUUUGAUUCUCAGCCGGAAGCUAUGA